UCGAACUAUUUUUCUAUAUAUAAAAAGAUACAAAGUAAUCCAAUCAGAUUUUUACUUUAAAUAGUAAAGAUAUUGUGGACAAGGCGAAGAUAUCAGUAUUAUUUUUUAUCUGUUGACUACCAGAGUGCCAAGUUGCCAACUGCCAAUGAGAACUGCCACUGCUGUUAGCCAACUGCCAAGUGCCAGCCAACACCAGCAGCGGUAGCGGCAGUAAUAAUUUCACUUCGGCAGAAAAAGUGAUUUAUUUAACAUUUCAAAAUGAAUUGGAAUGCAUUUAACUUGUAUAAUUACAAAUCCCUGAUCUGUGUUAUUUUUCUGAUAUGCCAUAGUUUUUACAACCCUACCGAUAGCGGUGCUGUGCAAAUUACACAAAGUAAUUUGGAUAUGAUAUUAGCUUCCAAUGAAAUAGUAUUUAUUAAUUUUUAUGCUGAAUGGUGCAAAUUCAGUAAUAUGCUGAUGCCUAUAUUUGACGAGGCUGCUGACGAAGUGACAAAAGCAGGCUACGAUACAGGCAAAGUGGUGAUGGGUAAAGUGGAUUGUGACAAAGAAGGUGCAGUGGCAACCAGGUUCCAUAUCACUAAAUAUCCUACACUGAAAAUGUUCCGGAAUGGAGUCGCUGCUAAGAAAGAAUACAGAGGCCAAAGAUCAGUAGAGGCAUUUGCAGAGUUCAUAAAGAAACAACUAACCGACCCAGUGGUUACAUUUGGCGCUCUUAAAGAGUUGCAUAACCUCAGUGAAGAUAAAAGACACAUCAUUGGAUACAUGGACAGACGAGACCAGCCGGAGUAUGACACAUUCCGGAAGGUGGCUGCUAAUCUUAAAGAAGAAUGCCAGUUCCAUGUUGGAUUUGGUGAUGCUUCACAGCAGAUGCAUCCUCCAGGUCAACCACUAGCAGUGUUCAGAGCCGACCGGAAGAAGUCUACGGAUCCAGAUGAAACAUUUACUGGCUCUUUGUUAAGUUUCGAAGACUUUUACAAGUGGGCUCAGGAGAAAUGUAUCCCAUUGGUCCGAGAGAUCACAUUCGAGAACGCUGAAGAACUUACGGAGGAAGGAUUGCCGUUCCUGAUCCUGUUCCACCAUCCUAACGAUAAUGAAAGUGUCAAGAAAUACAAGGAAGUCAUUCAGAAUGAAUUAGAAGGAGAGAAACAAAACGUGAACUUCCUAACGGCCGAUGGUGUACGAUUUGAGCACCCGCUACAUCACUUGGGCAAGUCCAUCUCAGACCUCCCAUUGAUCGCCAUCGACUCUUUCAGACACAUGUACAUGUUCCCUGACUACAAGGAAAUGGAGAAGCCUGGCAGACUAAAGCAGUUCCUACUGGAUCUAUACUCAGGAAAAUUGCACAGGGAGUUCCACUACGGUCCCGACCCAGACCAGCCCGUGAUGCACCUCGAUGUCAAAGUGACCACUCCUCCCGAGUCCACGUUCAAGAAGCUAGCGCCGUCCAAGAACCGAUACACUCUCCUCAGGGACGAAUUAUAAAGUUACUGCACCUAGGUCAUGAAAUUUAGUAUAAGUCACUUACUAAAGAAACCUAAUUGUAUAAAAACCAGUUUUAUCUCGUUUUUUUAUGAAAAUUCUUAUUUUUCUUUUUUUGUUAUACUUCAGAAUUAUUACCGAAUUGUUUUCUUUUCUUGGUUACGAACAAAGCCAGUUGUUUGAUUCGUUUAUAGUCUAUUUAUUGAUGCGUCCUACCAGUUGCGUGCGGUUUUAAUUAUGUAACUUUGUGUCGACAGAUUUACAUGGCUAGACUUGUUACUCGACUUUAAAAAUACACUGGACAGCAAAUAAACCGAGCCACCCGCUACCUAGGCACUCUAAUUCGAUUUUCUCAAAAACUAAAAAACCUACAAUUAUCAAAGUUGUACGUACAGAAAGUGUAUUUCAUGGUGAUUGAAAUGAAAGAAAACUCAUUGGGUUUAAUCAAUAUUUCAGUGUUUAUUAAGGAUUUUACAAAGAAGAGUCGUUUACCAGUAGUGACAAUCGUUAGUAAUGAUAAAGUGAAUAAAAAAAUUAAAGCCAAAAACAAAGAUAAGAUAAAAAAAAGUUGUUGAGCAAUAUUCCGUAUUCCCUCCCCUUGCUCGGAUAACUGCCAGCAUCCUUGUAUUCAUCGACCUUACGAGCCUGACAAUAAAAUCUUGAGGAAUUGUAUUCCACUCCUCUUCAAUUGCGAUUCGCAGUUCUGGAAGCCUUGUUGGAGCAGGUACCCGGCCCCGAACCCGACGUUUCAUCUCAUCCCAUAAGUGUUCUAUCGGAUUCAAGUCCGGGCUUCGAGCUGGCCAGUCCAUCGUGCGAAUGCUGACGUCGCGUAGAUACUGGGUCACCACAUGAGCAACAUGAGGCCGUGCAUUAUCAUGCAUCAAUUGCAUAUCCUGUCCGAUAUAUCCUGCGUAAGGUACCACAUGGUCUGCGAGGAUUUCAGUAAUGUAGCGAUGAGAAGUCAAUCCACGUGUACGGCCCGUCGGUUCGAUGAAAACUAACGCUGUAUGUGCUGUUAACGAGAUGCCGCCCCAGACCAUUACAGAUCCUCCUCCAUAAGCAACAGUUUUCUCGAUGCAACACUGAGAAUAACGUUCUCCAGGGCGACGAUAUACUCUCUGACGUCGAUCACUUCCAUGUAGACUCACCCUGGUCUCAUCAGUGAAGAGUACAUUACUCCACUGCUCUAAUGUCCAAUCCCUAUGCUCUCGAGCAAAUUCAAGUCGUGUUCGACGGUGUGCUACCGUUAAUGCUGGGCCUGUUGCAGCUCUUUUUGGGGUCAGGUUCCGUUCAGCAAGUCUCCUUCUGACGGUAUCUGAACUUAUGACCACUUGGCGUUCGUCACGCAGACUUUGUUGGACUUGAACUGCGUUGAGGUGGCGAUUUCGCAGAACAGUAAGGUGGAUAUAACGAUCAUCUGCUGCUGAUGUAGCCCUAGGUCUGCCCGUACCUGGACGGCGAUCGAAUACUCCAGUCUCUAGGUAUCGUCUGUAAACUCGUUGCACCGAAGAUCUGCUGAUUCGAAGCCUUCGAGCGACUUCACGUUGCGCAAUGCCUGCUUGAAGUAAUGCUACAGCUUGAGCUGCUUCCUGAGGUGUUAUAUCCAUUAUUAAUCGGAAAAAGUAGCAAAAACACACGCGUCUGAGCAAACGAUGGAGAAAAACUAAAGAAAUGAUAGGAAAUAUCCGACUACCCUCAUUGCAGACAAAAAGAACGCUAAUUUCAAUCUCUGGUGAAAACAGAGCAAAUCAUUAGUAUAGUGUUUGUUGCUUGAUUACCAUGUGAGUUGACGGUACUUUCGAAUUAAUUUGUAGUCAUUUUAAUCACCAUGAAACGAACUUUCUGUAGGUCUAACUUUGAUAGUUGUAAGUUUUAUACUUUUUUAGAAAAUCAAAUCAGAGUUCCUAGGUAGCGGGUGGCUCGAUUUAUUUGCUGACCAGUGUAUUUAUUGAAUGAAUUUAGGCAUUUAAAUCUUUAGGAUAUUCCUUGAAUCCAUAGACUUUCUACUUUUCUCUUCAAUGUAGUUUGUAGUUAUUUUAUAUUUUUAAGUUAUGCCUUUUGGAUGUCCAUUACCUACUUAACAAGAAGCAAUUAAAAUGUCUGACAAGUUAAACUUAGUUUCUCUUUGUUUUUGUUGGUACAUUAAGAUAUUGUGUGUGUACGUUUGGAGAAUGUUUGUUAGACGUACGAUGAAAGUAAUUUCUAACCAUUUUGUAAAAGAAAACAAUAGUAUAAUGCACGUAGAUGUCUUCCACACAAAACAGUUUUUAUUUCACCACUUGUUUUUUUAUAAAAUCUUUAGAUCUUGCACAUGCUCUCAGUGAGAAUCAAAAAUUGUUAUCAUACAAUUAAUUUAUUUAUUAAACUUAAUCCCAAUGGCUUGGAAUAUGUAUAAAACUCAUGGAAAACUUAUAUAUUUAUAGGAUCUUGUGAUUCAUGUAUCUUAUAAGUAUUGUAGUGUAUUAAUGAUAUUAUAUUUUGAAAACUGAUGGAUUUGGCUUCAAAUUUUUUCUAUAAUAUUGAAACUUUAUUAAUAUAACGUGCCAAUGUUAAAUCGACACCAAUCUGUUACAUUGGCUAUUUCAGAGUCGUCAAAUUAUUAAUAAAAUCAAUUUCUUGCUUUGAAUCAUAGUGCUUAUAGAACUUAUAAUUCCCAAACGCUAAAAUGCUAUAUUUAUAUGAACUUAAGUCUUUCUAUACAUUCAUAUUUGGCAAUUUAAGCUUUAAUGACAUUUUAGUAUUGUAUAAGUUAUCUACGUAAAAAUUGGCACUAUCAAAACCAAUUAUAAUUCAAUAUAUAACGUCAAACGAAAUACAAAUCUAUUUAUUACCUACCAAUACUGUCGUAUUUCCUUUAGCAACACAAUAUAGAAUCUAUUCGGUGUUGUGGCUCCUUGAGACGAGAUAAAACAUUCCUCGAUCUAAAACUGAAUAGUCAUUAUUUACUAUAUUGUAUAAUUAUAAUGUGAAAUGGUUGUACAAAUGUAUGUUUUGUGACGUGUGUUGUAAUAAAUUUUUUCGAGCCGA